AUGACCCACAACUGCAUGCAACUGUGGCACAGCACCUACAGCACGACCAUCCCUUCUACAAGGAUCCAUAUCGCUGUUCAAAGUCUACAGGAGCAUAGCUCACUCGAGCUCCUACCCACGCGUCAGCAGCUUCUCAUGACCUCCACUUCCGAGUCCUCCACCCGACCACUCUACUUCGCCUACGGGUCCAACCUCGCUCUCUCUCAGAUGAAAAUGCGUUGUCCAUCCAGCCCAUACGUCGCUCCCGCGAGAUUGAAGAACUGGCGGUGGCAGAUCAACAAACGAGGUUAUGCCAACAUCGUACCCGUCCCCGUUGCAGCCCCCGUGGCGACUGAAACAGUAGAAGUUGUCGAUGAGGAUUGGAGAAGUACGACGAUAAAAGCAAUUGAGAAGGAUGAAGAAGAGAGGUACAAGGGUACCGAGGUAUGGGGUUUGCUCUAUGCGAUGAGCGAGGAUGGAGUAGACGAAGUGGCGUUAGACAGAUACGAAGGUGUGGCGACGGGCGCUUACAACAAGCUCGAAUUGGAGGUGAAAGUCUUCGACGUUCGACCAGACGUGGACGGUAAGGAGGCUGUGAUAGUGAAGGAGAUUGCGAGGUCGGAAAAGGUAUUGGUGUAUGUGAAUUGCGUCAUGAUGGAGGAUGGGAAGGCAAAGGAGGAGUACAUAUGUUGGGAGGAUGAAUAG